CACCUGCGUGUCACUUUGGCAUCACUGGGGCCCAUGCGCUUCGCUGGCGUUUCACCGCUCGUACUAAUGAUUCAACUUAAACAGAAUCAGCACUGAAAGUGGCGGCAUCAGGGAGACCUGUGGUUGAAGAAACUGUGACAUCCCAGGGGGACCGUUAGCCCGCUGCGCUCUGUUAUAAAGCACGUCAGUCCACCCGCCACUUUGAUUUCCGUCAGUUUGACUGUACGAUAUUAGCGAGAUAAGCAGAAUGCACUGGGGGAAAUCGGCAACACCAGCGCUGGCCAGGUCCAGACCGUACCAGGGUGUUCGAGUCAGGGACCCAGUCAAAGAGCUGCUGAGGAGGAAGAGGACUCUGGAGCUGCACAGCGCCAAGGCAGCGCCCGCUACUCCGGAUGAGAUCGCACGCAACAACCAGUCGCCAUACACACAAGCCACCUACGGCGCGGCCGUUGCCAGCGGCACCGCAGCUGAGCUGUCAGCUGCUGCCGGAGAUGGAGGGCCGCAGUGCACAGGAUGGAAAUCUCCACCCCUGGCCACCGGGCCUGUCCUGCAGCCUGCCAUAAUGCCGUGGUCGUCGCCUGAAUACAGCCAGCAGGAACCCUCAGCUCAGACUCUGGCCUACCCAGCCACCACCCUGACCGCAGACGUGUACAUGCAGACCCUGUGCCCCAGCUACACCAUGCUGACCUACACACACACGCCGCUGCUCACUAACUUUGGGACCAUACCGGUGGGCCCCGCACCAGCCUCGCUCCCCCCGAUGGAGCUCCCAGACUCGGGGUUGACCUACUUCCCCUGGUCGCAGCCCCUCACCACCAUAUCCGCGAUGGCCAACCCAGGGGUCCAGUUCGCCCCGGGCUCUGCGGCCCUGUCCGGCUCCCCCCUGGUGCACAUGCCCUUGUCCAUGUCGCUCGCCGCAAUGAUCCCUCAGCCGGAGACCCAGGGCGCAGAGCCUCAGCUCCAGAUCCUCGACCUGCCACAGCGUCCGGACCACCGGCUGGACCCUGAGCCACAAGGCCAGUCCCUGGACGAAGAUCAGGAGGGAGAGCCCGGAUCGCCAAACCUACUGGACAAACUUCUGGAGGAACGCGGGGAGGAUGGGGACGAGGAUGACAAAGACUCCUACAGCAGCUCACUCUUCAUGCCCAAUGUCUGAAAAUAUGAGCGUCCAUACGUUUAUACUGGUGAUGCAGGAGUAGUAUUUUUACUCUUUGCAUUUUUUUCAGGGGCCCUGUGCUUAUACACCUUUCUUCCAUUCAGUGUCAUUUUCAUUUCCGUUUAUUUUAACCAGGCUCUUGAUGUCGUAACUGCGGUUAAUGUAACUUCCAAUAACACUGUUGGGUUGGAAAUGGAGCAAGUCUCCCAGAGCUGAAAAAAAGGAACUCUGAAGUUUAAUUUGUGGUCGUUGGAUUUAUUAUAGAUUUGUUUAGUGACACGCACCGCUGCAGUCUAAUGCAAAACUGACCUCUGGACAAACUGCAAAACACUUAUCAACACAAUUAACCAAGCGAUCUAAAACCAAAAUUUAAGUGGAGUCGAGUUUGAAGGUGAACACAGCAAGAUGUGGAUGACGACGUUAGCAUUUCAUGGGAAAAGUGUGUGGGCUGCUGACAUUCCCAAGAGGUACAGUAGGUCAAAGCUGAAGCAAACAGUUUACGAGGGACCGUUUGGGUAAUGAUUAAUAGAUCACCUCCAUUUUCAGGGUUGAAAACAGGGUUUAUUCAAAAUGCCAGCCUUUAUAAGCAAUUUUGCCAAAACGUGUCUGAUGAUUUCUGAUCGAUCCCAGAUUUCAAUUUGAUCCAAGAUUUUAAAAUAUUUUUUUUAAAUUUUUUUUACAACCAUACAUGGUAGCCACAAACAAGUUGUAUUAACGGUGUUCGUGUUUAUAGUUACACCUCUUUUGGUAUUGUUUUAUUUACAGUUAGAGCCUUAUACUUGUUUUAAUAUACAUACUAGGCAGCAAAGGAACAAACCACCCACUAGAUUUUCUUGCCAAAAUGAAGUUUAGUUUACUCUUUGUGUCCACAAAGUGCGAUUUAGCAUACAUUUUUGUUGUAAAAAUCAUAUGAAACUGUUGGCAUCUUCUUGUUAUUGAGCAUGUAUUUAUGCACUUGACAGAGGCCCGUGUCCAUCGCCACUGAAGAUGAAGAUGGAAGAAGAUGCGUUUUUUUCCGAAUCGAUAUGGAGUCAUGUCAGAGGCAGAGUUCUAAAGACCAGUUAACAUUAGUGCUGAUUUCAUAGCCUUGAGGCAUUUGCCUCGGUAAUAAAAUCAGUCAUCAAGUCAUUAUUGCUGUCAGUUUACAAAAAAGGCUGAAGAAUGAUCAUAUAUCCUGUA